GGCCAGCAGCUCACACAACGAUCGACCGACGUUAGCCACUGGCGACGAUGACACGACUUUCAUCACUACACCAAUUAACCAACGAGUCCAGAGGCAAUCCAAUCGAAACCACCUUCACAGUGCGAAAGAUGACGGGCCACAGGAUCUCCGGGCUCUCCACCAUCCUGCUGCUCUGCGCCGCCGUGCUGCUGACCAAGUCCUGCGGCAUCCUGGCGCUCAGCGGCGAAGGUUCCUCCGCUCAGGAGCAGCAGCUGGCCGCCCAGGCGGAGCCAUGGAGCGAUGCCACCACCACCACCAUUCAGCCGGGUGAGGAGGGUUCCGGUUGGGACACCACCUUGCCCACUGAGCUCACCACUGAGGCGAAUGAGGAAACCACAUUGGAGGCUCAGGAGGGCACCACAGUCGGUUCUGGCGAGGGGGAGAUCAGCACUGCUGCUCCGGAAACCUCACCAGCUGGCCAGGAUGACUCCUCCCCAGCAGCUGAGACUACAGUCGCCCCCGAGGAGACCUCCUCCGCUGCCGAGGACACUUCACCGGCUCCAGAGGAAACAACCACAGCCGAGGCAGAUGCAGAGGCUUCAUCCAGUUCCUCCACUGCUGGUCUUCCCGAGAGUUCGCCCAGUUCAUCCUCUACAGUCGCUCCAGAGAGCUCUAGUUCCUCCACCGCAGCUCAGCCAGAGAGUUCCUCCAGUUCAUCCUCCACCGCAGAGCCAGAGAGCUCCUCCAGUUCCUCCUCCACCGCAGAGCCAGAGAGCUCCUCCAGUUCCUCCUCCAGUGCCGCUCCUGGCGAGGCCACCAUUGCACCCACUCCGCCCACUUUCCAAUGCCAGGCGGCGGGACUUUUCCCGCACAUUAGUGGCGACUGCAGGCGCUACCACAAGUGCCUGCUGAAUCCGGUGCUGCGGCAGCUGCAGGAGAUCGAGGUCACCUGUCCGCCUCUGACCGCCUUCUCAUCGAGCCUGGGCAGAUGCGUGCGGGACGUGGCCGAGUGCCAGGAGGACAGCUUCCAGUGCCUGGCUGUGGGCCGAUUUGCCGGACACGAUGACACCUUCUACUACAGCUGCGUGGCCAGUUUGCAGGGCGGAUUCCACAAGUUCAUUGUGCGCUGCUCCAGCGGCCAGAGAUUUGAGGCCGUGAUCGGUGGAUGCUGGCGCUAUGACUGGACGCAGAUUGUGCCGGGCCAGGAGGCCACGGAGGUUAGCGAUCUGGCGGCCAUCAAGCGGGAGCUAAAGCUGUACAAGGCCGAGGAGAAGCUGCGCCUCAAGGCCACCAAGGAGCAGGAGAAGCUGGCCAAGAAGCAGCAGAAGCUGGAGGAGAAGGCCGCCAAGAAGGCGGCCAAGGAGCAGGCCAAGCAGCAGGCGAAGGCCGAGAAGGACAAGGCCAAGGGCGAGUCCAUCGAGAGUGCCGAAUCCUCAGAAUAGCCGAGAUAAUCUCAAUCUCAACGGGGAGCCCCGCCCCCCCAUCUAUGUUGGUCCAUUGCUCUAGUCUAGGGAAUUUAUAUUUCUGCAUUUUUUUUUUUUGUUAACUGUUUUUUUUUUGCCUACUGGUGUAAAUAAAGAAUAUAAAAAAAUA